AAAGUAGUAUUGGACCCAAAAUGGAAAAAGCAAAAUUGUAUUGGGGGGAAAAGGAAAAAAGAAACAAAUUGAAGGGGUGAAAUGACAGAGGAGUAAAAGUAUAUUGUCAUUAUGCUAAGAUAAGGGUUUAAGGGAGAAAAUGGGAAUAUAAAAUUUUCUACGUACUUACAAUAUCCACCCCCUUUUCUCCCAUUGCAGAGCAAAUUUCCAACAAUUUUCUGAAUUUCCAAUGGGUGAAGGGAAGCAAGGAGCACUUGCAGUGGUGGAAUUGCCGAAUAGCAGUGGUCAGAAUCCGAUAGCACAGCUGCAGAACAAGUUUAAGGAGUUGGAGGCCGGCUUCAAACUGUGGCUAUCGAAGCAGUCACUACCUGUUGAAGCUGCUGUUGUGACGGCAACGAGUGGUUUGCAAGGUGCUGCUAUUGGUGGAUUUAUGGGAACGCUAACACAGGAUGUGUCUUCUUCUAUGCCUACUCCACCUGCUGGUGCUAAUCUCAAUCCUCAAGCUAUGGCGUCCUUUCAACAAGCUCAGGCUCUUGCAGGAGGUCCCUUGGUUCAGGCCCGUAAUUUUGCUGUUAUGACUGGUGUUAAUGCUGGCAUAUCUUGUGUGUUGAAAAGAAUUAGAGGCAAGGAGGAUGUGCAGUCCAGUAUGGCAGCUGCCUUUGGUUCUGGAGCACUGUUUUCACUAGUUAGUGGCAUGGGCGGCCCCAAUCCAGUACCCAAUGCUUUGACAUCUGGGAUUUUCUUCGCCCUUGUUCAAGGUGGACUGUUUGAGCUUGGACGGAAGUUUUCGCAACCACCUGCCGAAGAUACACAUUAUGUCAGAACGAGAUCACUGUUGUCGAGCCUUGGCCUGCAAAAUUAUGAAAAGAAUUUCAAGAAAGGGUUGUUGACAGACACCACCUUGCCUUUACUCACCGACAGUGCUCUUAGAGAUGUGAGGAUCCCUCCUGGGCCAAGGCUUCUUAUUCUUGAUCGUAUACAGAGGGAUCCGGAACUCAGAAAGCGAUGAGGAUGAACUCACUGCAAUUCCAGUUGCAAAAGAUGGAAGUUUUCCUUUGUGGGAAUGGCUUUAUUCUGUAAUUUGAGAAAUAGUGACAGUUUUAUGUUUUGCUUUAUAAUGUUCCAGUGAACUAGGCUAUUAUGGCUCUUCUUUGAGUGCAACUACUUGCCAUCAGAUAAGAGGGCAGACGUACUAUUUAUUGAAUUUUUGGGGUAGAAAUAUCAGAUUUGUCCACUUUUUAAAGACAGAAAAAGAAAAUUGUAGUGUCAUCCUUGCUAAUUGGCCUUCAGGGAGAGGAAUAAAUUUAACUUUUCCCAGAAAA